GUUUUGGAACGGUGGUUAAUUUAAUAUUGAAGGCUUCAAAGAUUAUUUCGUCAUUUAUAUUUAUUUCCUAUAUGAUAAGUUUUACAGAUCAAUGUAAAUGGUACACAUAUGGUGAUUGUGAUCCAUGGGGAAGCUGCAACGAGCGUUGUGGAGGAGGGCGACAUUGCAGGACGUGUUAUUCGUGUGUGCUUAGUGACCGAAAGGAAGAGUGUGGAGGCUGUAACGAACAUUGCGACAAUGGUGCCCAAUAUUCAGAUGGCUAUUGUCAUUGUCCGAGCUGGAGGACCGGAAGAUGUUGCGAAACAUGUAGACAUAUCAACAUUGCACAUUGUAUUUCUGGUCAACAACAGUGUGGAGGAUCCCCUGACGGUGUUAUGUGUACACAUUGCGAGGAUCCUUAUUAUUCUGGAGGAUUUAAUCGAGGAUGCAUAGUAUGUCCGGACAUCAUCCAGUGUAAGCACAGAAGUUGUACAACUUAUUGGGACACCGUUUGCAAGGAAUGCAAUGAAAACAAUGCCAUAUUCAAGAAAUGGAAUGGAGAUAGAGAAUGUCAACGAAUGUGCGCUUGGAACAAUCACUAUUGCUGGCCCGGAACAUGCAGCACCACCGGACUAACUAAGGACUGUCAAUGUGCGAAUGGCUUUGUCAAAAGCUCAACUGUUGAUUACGGUUCAAUAAAUACAGGAGAAACAACGUGUCAGCUGAACACUAUUCCUGAUAUUUUGACAUGCGAUACAGUGGCAGUGGGACCUAACGGUGAAAAGAAACGAGCAAUGAGCACUGGCAACUCAACGGCAUGUCAAUACCUUUCGGACAUGUUCGGCAACUACCAACCGAGUAAUAUGGAAUUUACAAUGUCUUCGGAAUUUUCAGUAACUUUUUCUCUGAACAAACCUUCUUUCAUCGAAGAAGAAAAAUUUGGAAUCAGCGAUACAACAAUAACAGUAAAGAUCCAGGCUGUGACAGGUUCCUAUGAAGCAAAGUCGAUCCAUACACAAUUGGUCGAUACAUCAUCCAGUACAAGCGUGAAUCAAACACAACACGACUCUGGAAAUAUAACUGUAAACCAGGCGAAGUAUAAUCUACAAAAUGGUGAAGCACUUUGCUUGGAGUUUGAAGCAAAGGGGGGAGGCUACUUGAAAAGCAUUGAUACAAGAACCACGCCGCACACCAAAUCUGGACCAGUUCCGUACAAGAAGGUCCUAAAACAAAGGAUAGUGUGUUACAGAUACGAUAACGCACCACCGGAGCAUUGUUCCAAGUUGGGAUCGUGUUCUUCUGAACCGUUAACACUUCAGAAGAGAGUUACACGAUCAACAGUGUCGAUGGUUCAAUUCACCGGUUGGGUUGAUCCAGUUCCAAGUGGAGGGGCAAGUAGGACAGCAUCGACCAUUGAAAGUUACCAAAUAACUGUCAACGAAGUGCCUCCCUCCAACGGAUCUUUGAAAGUUGAUUACACAAAGAACACAUAUACCAAAAAAGUUUCUUCAUCCGCUGUGCAUGAAAUGGAGUUGAAUCUGACAUCCAAUUCACCGCGACUGUAUUGUAUAACACUAGAAGUCAAGGAUAUAGCAGAUAACGUUCGACAAAGUAGAAGGUUUAUGUUGUACGACAACACGAGUUUCAUUGAAACUUGGAAAGACAAUCCCUAUAAAUUUGAUUCAGCAUCGCCUGAUACGAACUUUACCUGGCAAACACAUCACAAUGACAUUUGUCUGAAUUGGAAAAACUACUUCAUUAACAUGUUUUAUUUGCAAAAUGAACUUUUAAAUAAAAUAGAGUCCGAGCCCCAUGGUCAUAUUACCGGCGUAUAUGAACAGAUAACUGGCCUUCUCCCCGUCGGUGGUACACCAAAUGUACAUGGGAUAAUACAAUAUUUCGUAUCCUGGAAACUGAACAAUGGUGCGUUUACGGAAGAACAACUCGUACCAAACUUUCUGAAUCAACGAUUCUGCACUAACUUAAAUGUUGCUGAUGGACAGACCUAUACAUUCAACAUUCGGCCAGUUGAUAUUGUCGAUAACACUUUCAAUGAGUCUAGAACCGUUUACAUAGAUCGCUCGCCACCCCAUAUAAAUAACAUUUGGUUAAAGAAAGACGGAUAUGAGAUGUUAUAUGUUCAUAACAGCACCGAUUUGUCCAAGAUGCAGAUGACGUUCGACGCAUUAGACCCACAUAGUGGACUUCAAAACAUAAAGUGGGAGUUCGGAAUCGCCGAUACGUCAACUCCAUUAACUAGUGGUUAUUUGUCAGUAAUACAAAUAAAAAACGCAACUUGUCCAACGGGAAAUGUUGAUUGCUAUUGCCCGGACAUAGGAAUGUGUGAUUUUUUCAACUACUCAAUUCCGCUGAAUAAGCUCGUUGAUGCAGAUAAGCAUACCGGGAACCACAACAGGAACUACUUCUUUAAAAUAACGGUCACUAACAAUGCCUUGCUGACAACGACAGAGCACAUCGAUGUACUUAUCGACGACUCCCCACCAGAAGAAGGAGUGAUUUAUGAAGGUCCUGUGGACUACAAAGAUAUCGACUACACAAGUGAGGAUUCCUUUGUUUUACACUGGCAUGGAUUUAUCGACCAUGAAAGUGGAAUCAAACUCUACAGGUUAGGGUUAGCCGAAAGAUGCUUAACAAAACAGGAACUGUACAAUUUUACAGAAGUAGCUGAGAUACUUGUAUAUAAAGAGCUUACUGAGACAUCAGUUCGUCUUCCAGCUAAUUUCACAGGUAAACGGUUCGUUACCAUUAUUGCUCUUAACCAUGCCAUGGAGUCAUCAAAGCCUGUUUGUUCAGAUGGAAUCACACGAGAUAUCUCAGCUGCUCUUAUCCGCAACUUAACACUGGCGCAUGCAGCAUGGACCGAAACCGUUAUCUGCCAAAACGGACAACCGUAUUUAUUACAAUCGAACCUUCAAAAGGUUCCGCUAUAUAACACAACAGCAUGUUUAAGCAUCUGCAAAUCAACAGUGAAUACCAUAGUAGCUGACUUUAUUUCUACUCAUAUAUCCGGAAGUAAAGACCUUGAUAUUUCGGAUUUCCUUUGUCAACACCUAUCUUUGUACACUAACGAAACGGUUGUCUAUUUGCCCAACGAUCAUAUUGUGCUGAAUUGGGAAGUGGAAGAAUCAGGGAGUCAAAUCGAUGACUUUUAUGUUGGGCUUGGUCUGGAUGCAACCGAAAAGGAUUCUCCAAGUUUGGUGGACUAUAUUUCUACUGAUAGAAAACCAUACUUCAAACAUCGACAUGAAGCAAUUGGAUCCGAUGAGCUGUUCUAUGUCUUCAUCAAAACAGUUAACAAAGCAGGAUUGUCCAACAUCGCAACCCUGGGUCCUAUUUUAAUUGACCAAACACCACCACGGUACAAAUAUAUUCCCCGAGUGUCUGUCGUUUUAGACACGAUCGUGUUUGCCUGGGAAUCGGAUACAUUUUAUGACGAUGAACAGACAGCCCAAAUAGACCAACUAGUAUUUCAAUUUGGUCAUGACGAACGUGUUUCCAGUCCACUCCUUGAAUGGCGAUUAGAGUCGUCGACACCGUGCCCCUCUUAUACUGGAGGCUGCUUUAAAUACCCUCUUAAUCGUCUCCAGAAUCAAGACACGGGGGAUGGAUUAAUGUUCUAUCUCAACGUUCACAUAUACAACAAUGCCGGUCACUUUACUUUGAUUAGAACCGAAACUUUCCAUUUGCCCUCCAGAUUUCCACCAGGACACGGAUAUGUGUUUGAUUUGGAUCCAGAAAUGAUGAACAUUUCAACGGAUAUUGAUUUACAUUUUACUGAACACAUUAUGUGUGCGGGUUGGAUGGGAUUUAAACAUCAGGAAAAUGUCUCGCUGGAAGUGGGCAUAGGAUUAGAUCGCACAACACCCGAUGUAGUUCGAUUUCAGAGCACGUCAGAAAUGAAAAACAUCUGCCUUAAUUCAAGUUCGAUUGUUAAUGACAAAGUAUACUUUUUCAUUGUAAAAGCAAGCUGUAGCGGGGGCACCACAAUAUCUGCUUCUAACGGAAUACGAAUAUAUGAUAGACAUUCUCCACAAAAUGAGCUGAAAGUAAAAAUCGGAACAAAAUGCUUUUCCGCAAAAGUCUUUGACGUAAAUGUUUCGAUUGCAAACGACAGUACGUUCAUUGAACUUCCAUUUACGUUGAUUAUCGGGCAGCGCUAUGUUUUGUUUGCGGAAAACAGUCAAUGGCAAACUAUACUGAGAAUUAAUACAAGUGACGCCAUAGUCCGAACCGAAGAUAACAACUAUGUUCUGAUCCCUUAUGUUGAGAAACCUACUCUACAAGUACACCGAAACGUAUCAAUGGACAUUACUUUGCGUUUGAAAAUCAGUAAAUGUCCGGCAGAGAAUAUCCUUCCGAACACCAAUCAAUUGAAUAUAAGCUGGACAUUUCCCUAUACCGUCGCAGCAUUUGAGGAUAUUGUAUUUUCAGUUUCAUUACUUAAAUACGUGACUGUUAACGGCUCGGAUGAAGAAAGUAUAUUCGCACCACCUCAAACUGGUGUUGGCUUAUCUGAUAUUACGUUCCAUGAUAUGAAUUUUGAAGCCCAAACACUGUAUAUGGCCAGCGUUCAGUUGUGCAACAAUGUAAGGUGUCUCAGUCCUAUUCAUUCGAGGGCAUUUACAAUCGAACUUGAAGCUCCUGAUAUUUCUUUCAUAAACACUGAACUUGAAGUCGCAAAUGCUGGGGAGUGCGUUGAUGUUAAAGCGUCAUGGAAAAUAAUUGGACAGAGCGCAAACGUUGCAUUCUAUCAAUGGUCUAUAAGUCGUGAUGAAAUAGGUGGUCAACUGUUGUCUGUUUGGGAGAAUGUGAUGCCCAAUGGUACAACCGUUAAGGUUGCAAAGUGCGUUCGUCUCCCAACCCAUGGACAUAUGACAACUUUCCUGUGUGUCAGGGUAUUUUCUGUGAGUGGUUUAGCGAAUACAUCUUGUCACAAGAUAAAUAAAGGCGAUAGUGGGUCCUAUUCUAAAACUACUGUGUACGACUUUGAUUCGUCAUCAGACAGUUGGGUCUUCAUCAAAAAGAUGCUCUCUAGUUCUGACAUUGGUAAGCACUAUGUCCUUCUUCACGAUUCAGAAAUGAACAUAGGUAAUGCCGAUUCUACAGUGACCGGUGCUUUGAUGUACGGUUCAGAACGUUCAGUUUCAUGGUACCUUAUGAAGAUGCAGUAUGUGCCACAAACGUGUGAUUCCGACAUAAACUGUGUUCUAAAGUACGAAACUGACAAUGGAUACAUAGAAUUAGACAGAAAAUAUAUAUCACUAAAUGAAUUAUAUUUCAUAUGCGCAUACUCGAAUUACACUGUGAUAGAACGUGAGUAUUUCACUGAAAUUCUAGAAGAAAUAUCGUCGUGCAGCAAUGGAUUCAUAUUAGACAGUUCUCCGCCCACAAAAGGUGAAGUGCAAGUACACAACCACAGAGGGUUUAUCACAAAUCCUCAUUAUGUCAUUGUAACAUGGACUGGAUUCGAUGACAACAUUGAUGCCACCGUAUUUGGUUACCCAGAGAAACUGCAUUAUUUCUCUUUGAAAACAGGCAAGAAAUGUCAUGUUGUGCAUCACUUCUUAUUUGUACUUGGUACAUAA